AUGAUCGUAUACAGCUCGGGUCAACGAUUCAUGGCUUCCCGUAGCCCCUCCGACGGAGCUUCAGCUCGACCUUCCGUCCCCCGCACUUCAACAUUCUCUCAGGUCCCAAAGACCCCUGCUUCCGAUGGCGACGAUCAUCUCCAGGUCCCCAAGAGGGCGCAUACCUUUGCCAAUGCGUCUCCGAGUGGAUCCCCUGAUGCCUUCGAGUCUGGCGACCACGAUGACACCGACGAUGGCCUCGAGACUGGCCGCGCCUCGGUCGAGCUUGACAUACUCCCCAUUGAGCUCAUUACCUUGACCGACAGCUUCAUCGAUUCCUUAAAUGCCAAGGUCCAUCCCACUCCUCCCAGUAUCGAACGACUGUCGCAGAAGUUUCAAGAGUUCUACAGCCAGGCGUCGUCAAACAUUAACACACACAUCAAUGCCCUCGCAUCCAGGCAGAGUCGCGAUGUCUCCCCCACGCCCUCGUCGUCCUCCAUAUCCUCAGCCGCUAGCCGAUUACGAUCCAGAGCUAGUGCAAUCAACGUCAAGGAGAAGGCGAAAUCAGAAGCCGAGCAGCAAAUGAUUACCGCUGACGAACUAGCACAACGCAAGCGAGCAAGAAAGGCUCUCGAAGCCAAGAGGGUGCUAUUGGAGGAGGCCGUGGAACGCCGAUUGUGCGAAGGCAUAUAUGAUAAGAUUUACCAACACCGGAGCACACAAGAUGAGGCCCAGGACGAUAAACUGCGCUCAAAGACUGCUGCUCUGGCGCUGGUUGGCAUUGGUCCUGCUGAUCUGGGUAUCAAUCUCAACGAGGUGGCGGUUGCAUCUGGCGAAACGACUGGACCUACGGAAGAGGACAUUAAGGAGAAGCUGGAGCCUGCCAGGAGAGACCUGGUCAUGAUGAGCCAAAAGAGAUACCCUCUUGGAAAGCUCAACCAUCUCAAGGCUGCCCACAGAAGUAUCGUUGAUACCCUCGCUCACUUCCAUCCCUCCGCUUCUGCCGACGAGAUCAUGCCCAUGCUCAUUUACACCCUUAUCACUCUACCACCCGAGAACCUCCACGUUAUUAGCGAUGUACACUUUGUACAAAACUUUCGAUGGGAGCCAAAGCUGACGGGCGAGGCUGCAUACUGCUUGACAAAUCUUGAGGCUGCAAUUAGUUUUCUGGAGACCGUGGAUUUGGCAACUCUCAGGGCGGAUGAGCAGCUUUCCGGUCCAGCCAAGAGCAGCUCCAGCCCCAGGUCAGAGACGUUUCCACCUGCAUAUCCCCAAGGACCAGCAGCUGCAUCCCCAAGCGACCCGGAAACGAACAAGACGAAUGCUGCCGCAACAAAACCCACCCCUUCCGCACUUAAGGCAUCUACUAAUCUACGCAACCGCCGGCUGAGCGACCUCGUCAAUGCUCCCGCGCAAGCGUUUGGCGCUGCCAGCGAUGCGGUCUUUAGCUCUGCUGACCAAAGUCUGAAGAACAUCUCCAACAGCUUGGGUGACAGUUACAAGUUCUUGGUUGGCAAGUUACGGGAGCACCAGGAUAGCCCCAGAGAGUCCAUUCUGGUACCGAAAACACUAGACGAUGCUCGCAAGCUGGUCAGCACUCCAUCACCGGACGAGGAGGAUACCAGUGGAAUCAACACACUGCUUGGGCCUGAUGAUGCCGAUCCCCUGAAGCGUCCGACGCAGCGAGAAGAUCGGAUGCUCAACUUAAUUGGAGGUCGUCGUGAUAGGAGCACCGAUAGUACACGCAGUGGCCGCAGCGUCAGCUCUUCAAAGAAGGUCCUGUUCUCUUCCGAGGAGACCAAAACUGCUCCCCAACCAAGCCCCGGGCAAAAUCCCGCUGUCCUAGAGCAGAUGCGUAACCUGGGGAACACGUUCAACCCCAUGGCUCGACUCCCGAGUAUUAGCAUGAUCCGUGGGUUUGGCCGCAACGCAUCCUCAACGCCAACUACACCGGCAGCCACACCAGCGGCUAAGGAGGUGACCAAAUCUGCGGAUGGUGGAGAUUUGGGAACUGCGUUCCCUGACAUUGCCGCAGCCCUCCCGCCAAAGGAGAUCCCCAAGAUUGCACCACCUAAUAAACGGUUCAUGGAGAUACAGACUCCUGGUGAGCUCAGACUCGGCGAAGUGCUCGACCUGUUGCGAGAUUAUCGCCGCUUAGCCGGCGCAUUGAAGGACCUUGGGGCGUUUGAGACCAAGUGA